AUGGAUGGCAGUGCAUUGGUGAGUCGCCAAAUUUACCAUGCUGUUGGCAGUGACAAGAAAAGAUGUUUGCCAAAAACCCAUGUAAUGGAAACUACCCCUUCAUCAUCAUCGGGUGCCAUUUCCUUAAUGACACUCAUAUUCCAAGACAAAGAUAGCAAACGUCUCGCUAAAUGCCUGAGGGAUUCUGUGGACGUUUUUGUCGUGUUUUUGAGACGUCACAAGUCUUGCCCAUUCAAGGUGCUUUUGGAUAAGUACUGCCCUGUUGAUGGCAAGUAUGAAGAUACUGGCAGUGUUAAAAACGUUCCAUACUUUCAGGUAAUUUUUGCAAAUUUAAUUGUGUUAGUAUGCUGUGCAAGAAUGGUUUUUGAUGAAUCCAUUAGAGAAGUUAAUUCGUAUGGCACAAUGGAUGAUUCCAGGUAGCGACUAAUUUUUUUAUCUAGACAAGAAAGACGAAAUCUAUCAUUGUAGCUCAAAAGAGAAUUCUAAAAUUUGUAAAAUUGCAAAGUUUGGUUGCGAAAUGUUGUAAAUUACGAAAAAUAUAGCCAUGUGAAAUUAGCAAAUUUUGAGUAUUUUAGUAUUACGCGCGGAAAAAUGCACCACUUUUGGCUCAAAAGUGGCGAUCUCUACUCCUCUAAGCCGCUCAAUUAUUCAACAAUAUUUUCUUUGCGUUUCCUCGACGAAAACCCACAUGAAAAUGCUCGUCUGAAAACCUCGGUUAUUGUCGUAUUUUACGAAUCUGCCACGUGAUUUAUGAUCACCGAUACGCUCACGAUGACACGAAAUUUAGAGGUACAUGAAAGUUGCAUGCCAUAUAUGGCAUGGAACAAAAAAUGGAUAGCAUAAUUGUGACGUAUAUCAACAUAAUUUUGCAUUUCUAUAGGUAAAAUCUUUGUGCUUGGCGAUAUGUAAACGUGUUAUACCAUUGAAGAUCUGGGGAUCACAGGUGAACAGGACGGCUUUUAUUUCAAAUAUGGAGCGGUACUUGUCGUUGCGAAAGAAAGGCAAUAUGAGCGUCAAGAACGUAAUGCAGGGCAUUCGAAUCAGCGACUGUGAUUUUGUAAAGCUCCCAAAACGUGCACAUGACUGCCGUGCUAGUCAAUCCGAGUCGAACAAGAGACAAGGGCUGGUUACAAAAUUUUUUGUCUGGCUGAUGAACUCGUACAUCGCGCCGUUGUUGAGAAAUGCUUUUACCAUCACGGAAUCUAUUCCUGGCAGAAAUCGUGUGUUCUUCUACCGGAAGGAGAUGUGGGCAGAUGCGCAAGCCGCCGCGGUUCAGGAUAUGCAUUCAUUAACUCCAUUACUCGAGGAAGACGCUGGUACAGUGGAAAGUCUUGGACUUGCACCAAUGCGGCUAAUUCCUAAAACCUGGUAAGAAUAAAAUUAUUCAAAAUAAUAACGUUUUCGUAUAACUGCUGAUUCGCACAUGCGUGUCCUAACCAUUUACCAACUGUUCAUGGAGGCAUGCUGGGUAAAUUGUUUAAAGUUUUAUAUACAGUAUUAUCCAUCUCAUUUCUACUUAGGCUGUAUACUUUUGUCGAAGAAUGGUUACCAGUGAUAGAACGUUUUGGAUUUGCUCAUUCAUCUGUUUUAACUAGAGCGUAGAUUCUAGGGCUAUUUAUGCUACUGAAAGUAAGCCGCGGCUGGUAUGUGUGGCUAAAUAAGUCGCGAAAGACUGGUAUAGAGAGUGCUGUGCUUAGUGGUUAUAUUACUACCUGAGAAAAACAAGCAGAAACUCGACCUUUCGAGCGAAGGCCCUUCGUCAAGAGUUAGUUGCGACUAGUUGGCUCGAAACGUCGAGUUUCUGCUUGUUUUUCAGGUUGUUUUAUAAUUUAUUACCACUCAGCACAGCAUUUUUGCAUUGGUACUACCGACACUGGUACAUACAGUUUUGGUAUAGAGAGUGAAAUUGCAGCAAGCCGUGGUUAAUUUAGGUCUAGCUUUCAACCGGUUGUGCUUAUUUUAGUCGCGGCCUGCCAACAAAUCGAGUCCGUCGAAUCGUUGGCGAUUUACAUUAUCCCGGGUUAAUUUUAUGAUUUUUGACCAGCUAACCAUAUUGCGUUAUUGUGCUUGUUUGAUAAAGUUUGCUCCUCCCUAACACACACUGUAUUUAGUUAAUCUUUUAUCAUUGGACAGUCCGCAGGAGUGAUUUUAUUUGCGACAAUUAUAUAUAAUCACAUAUUAGUCACGGGCUGGUUGUACAAAAACGUAGUUAAAGUUAAUUGUUGUCAGCGUUAACUAGUGAAGUUCAAUCCUUAACUGUUAUUAGUUAAUGAUAAUGACUUGAUUCGUUUUGGCUAUCAUCAACCUUUUACGGGGAAUUAUAAUUAAGAUGGUGAUUGAAAAUCACGUAUACAAUUCAUUAUUGUCUUACUGAAAAAUAUUGAUCAGAUUAACAGUACAUGCUAGGGUAUUAAAAGAGGGCGUCCAAUUUUGACAUAACGAUACAUCUACAGUAAAAAAAGGGGGGGGGGGGUCGAGAAAACGUUCCUGUGGAAAACCUUUGAAGUUUAUGUUACUUCAUGUUAGUAUCUUUCCAACCUCGUAUGAAAUUUUUCAAACACAUUGGCUUUGUGAGUUUGUGCCACUAUUGCUUCUUUACUUAACUAACACAUUUUCAUUCAGCCAGGUACACCAUCAAAUUGAUCAAAAUGUCAAAUGUAUAAUAAUAAUGAGAAUUCAAGCUAUUUCGUUUCGGAUAUAUUAAUAUACUUAGGGAAUCAUUGAAAAUAAUUUCCCUUUUCCCCCAGAAUUUGGGCGUUCAAAGGCGUCCACUUUUUGUUCUAGGGGCGUCCCAGGACGCCUGGAAGCCCUUCUGGCUAAAAGCCUGCCUAGCAUCGUUAACGUUAAAAUUUAACAACGUUUUCACUGCAGUUUACGCUAACUAUACAUUUUUGAAAGCCACCUAGAUACAUACAUGGGUAAAGUUAACCACUAUUUGACUACAAAAUGGAUAGUUUUAUACAACCGGCCGCAGAACAUCACAAGAUUAUUAAUAUCUUGUACAAAAUAGGAAUGCAACAAGAUUAUCUGUCCACUGCCCAUAUGCAUGUUUAAUCUGUGUUUUUGAAUUUGCAUGAUCGCGAACUAUUUCGAGACUUGAGUCAUUAAAUAACUUAUCUCAAAGGAUGACUUUUGUACCUUAAUUGAAUGUAAAAUUUUCAAUGAAUAUUUACAGUGUCAUUUUAAUUUUCAAUAGCGGACUACGUCCAAUUGUCAACUUGGGUGCCAAGAUCAACCCUUCUGACAGCUUUCCUUACCAGCCACGGUCGGUAAACCAGUUGUUGAGCAACAUCGAAAGCGUCCUGGGGUACGAACGCCAGCGGUCUCCAGACUUACUGGGAGCAGCCGUCAUGGAUUACGGGGAGAUCUUUCACAAAAUAUCAUCGUUCAAAGGCAUGCACAAAGGGGAUGGAAGAUGCUUGCACUUUGUACGGUUGGAUUUCACCAAGUGCUACGAACGUAUAAACCAAGAUAAAAUGCUUGAAAUUCUUGAGCAGGUACAGUGAUUACAUUUUAUGCACCAGUCAAUACAACUCCCUGCUCCCCCCAACCGGGGAGGGGCGGGGGCAUUUAGCGGGGAAAGUGGUCAGUUUGAUUGUAAAUGUGUCCCCCCUAUCAUGGGAGACUUCAACGACAUUUUCUCUUUCGGUAGGCGAUGCGGGGACGAAAGCGGGGGAGGGGGGGGGGUGGAUUUACUGGUUAACAUAUAUGCCUGUGUUGCUGUUUUAGUUUUCUUUACAAGAAAAGCUUAAAUACAAUAACAUAAAUGAAUAUGAGUUUCUGUUCCUAUGAAAUAUAUAAUACUAUUUUCCUGGGGUUCAGAGACAUGUGUGGACAUUGAUUAAUUGCCCUUUCCCUGGAGGUGAGGACAAUUUCACUCUUUUAAUAUCCCUCUAAGUCCGUGCCCUUCCCUGGUUGGGAGAGGGGGGAUUUACAUUGACUGGUACAUUACGUUAACCAGUUUUAGGAUUUUAGUUUGCACAGUAGGAGAACCCCGCAUUGAGACUUGAAUAGUCAAGAUAAUUCUGUCAAAAGAAUCAACUUUUAAUAAUCUACUGACAGAAAAUUUUUUGCCUUAUAGAGUAAUAUUUUGCUAAUUUAAUAAAUUGAUCACUUUAGAAAAAUAUAUAUUCAAAAGCAAGUUGUUUGUCACGCAAGCAUAGAUAUUUGUAUUGACUGCUGUUGCUUGACGAGAUUAAGGUGCUCUUCCCAGGACCGUAGCUAGUAUGUAUAGUUGGGGGGAGGGAGGGGGGGAGGGGAGGGGGGUUGUGUUGGCCAAAAAUUUCCAAAUGACGAAAAAAAUCCGAAUAUUUCAUGGCAUACGAAGCCACGAAGGUGUUUGCUAUCCGGAAAAUGAAGUCGCAAUUUACAAACAAAAAUACGCAUAUUUUACGCACAGGCAUAUUACAGAACAAUGCAGUGCCGUAGGAAGCUCGAUUUCAUUGUGGGUCUGAAAGCGGGGGCCGAAGGCCGGAGGAAAUGUUUUAAUUUAGAGUCUCUGAAAUGCCAUUUCCUGGACUUUGGGGAAACUUUGACAGAAUUGUGUUGGUCAGAAAAUAGCGUUUUAGUUUGUAGAAAUUUGUAAUUCGCUAACAAUUUAGUAGCCCUAAAUGGGCGAAGGCGUAUUUAAUUAACUAUAUAUUGGAGAAGUUGCGGGAAAGUACGGGUAAUAUGAUUCUUUGCAGUUUGUCAUGGAUAAUGUAACCGCUUAAAAUGUAUCAAUGAUCAGUAUUUUAAAGGUAUAUUAUUUGAUUUAUUUCAAUGAUAAAGGUCUGCAUGAUUUUGAAAAAAGAAUGAUUAUUAGUAAUUGCUACGGCCCUGAGAAGUAAUAAACCGAAAAACACUUCCCGAUUUACCAUUUGUUAAUUGUUAUCCAUGUAAAUACAAUUAUAUUAUAUUUUCUCUGUUUAACAACUAAAAUUUUGUUAUACUAUUAUUGCCGUAAUUUUCCGAAUGGCCAACCUGAUUUUCCGAAUAUGUUAAUUUUACGCACAUAUGUUAAUUUUCCGAAUAUGUUAAAUUUACGCACAAAUUUACUCUAAACUGACAAAUCGGGCAAAUUGUACCCAUUCUUAUGGUAAAACGAUGGUUCUAUCUGAAGCAAAUAAGAUACAUAUGCGAUUGGGUUAUUCUAUUGUUCCAUUUUUAGUGUGAAGUUUCACUUCACACUAUUGUGAUGGCUGGCAAAUUCACACGAAUCAGUCAAUCAGUCACAGAGUAAACUUUCCGGGGGGUGUAUACGAUUUAUUUUCGUAGUGAUUUAUUGUACUUAGUCGGUACUUUGAAGGUUAUUUAGGCAAUUUCAGUUAACUUAUUUACAUAUUCUGUUAUCCUUUUGCCAAGUUCACAAAAAUUUCGAGGAAUGGCUUUCGUUAUUGUAUUUUUUUGUAAAUUUUAGAACAUUCGCUUCUCAUGUUGUGUAAAGGAUCUUUACCCCGGAACACCCGAUUUUUUCUUUAGUAGCGCAAAUGCGCAUGCGCUAUCAAGCCGUAGAUCACGAUGGCGUGACGAUAUGCUAGGAAGGAGUGACAGUGUUGUUUUCAGAUGUAUAAACAUUCCAGACGUGAAUAUUGAGUAAUCUUUGGAAAUCUACGCAAAAUACAAAUUGAUCUUAUGCAUUACGGGCGUUCAAUUAAGUGCCGAUAAUAUUUAGACGGUAUAUUCAUUAUACAGAGCUAGGAAGGAGCUAGACCGCCUAGACAGUGCAGUCAAGUGUAUAAACAUUUCAGACGUAAAUAUUGAGUCGAAAAACUUUGAGAUUCUAGGCAUUCAAUUGAGUGCCGAUAUUAUUUUCACGGCAUACUCAUUAUACAGAGGUACGGUAGGUAGGCAGAAGCAAGACAGUGUUGUUUUCAAGUAUAUAAACAUUCCAGACACGAAUAUUGAGAAAAUCUUUGAGAUUCUACGCAAUAAUACAGUAUAUAAAUUUAAGUUAUGCAUUACUAUCAGAUCAAUAAAGCAUAAACAACAAUUAAAUAGAAGCGGGUAAACGUUUGUACGGCGUUUAGUAGUUUACGAAGAAAAUAACUUGCGAGAUUAAAGAAAUCAGUUGAGUCAGAGCUCCUUAUUUAAAUAAGAAAGACGAAGAGAUAGGCAAUGGCAAUGUGUUAUCGCCAACGUGUUAUCGCCAACGUGUUAUCGCCAACGUGUUAUCGCCAACGUGUUAUCGCCAACGUGUUAUCGCCAAUCGCUUGGCUCGCCAACAAGCUUUAUGCAAUAUAAUAGAAGAAAAAAAAGCAAGGAGGUACAUGUAGCCAACGUGUCCCGUCACGGACCUUGUCUUUGUUUACUGUGUAGCACAACGCCGUUGUCAACGGUGCAAACUCGUGUUCAGUGCAACGAUAACUCUACCAGAUCUUACGAGAAUCAAUCUGUAGUAUUCUGUACACAGAACUGUAUCAAAGCUUGUCAAAACUGCUUUAAUUAAACACUGCUUAACUGUGAAACUAUCGAAAUCUAAAGUGACAUUAUUCAACACAUGCGAAAAGCUGAAAAUAGACACAACGUGACACUGGGAAAAGUCAAAGGUCAAUGAGACUUGUUAUUGUGAAACAUGUCAUAAUUAGGUUUUAAAAAAUGCGGAAGCGGAUGGAGCGGAUCCACGGAACGGAUAUGCGGGUAAAAUACGGAACGGAUGAGGAUAAAAUGCGUCCUUUUAAUGAUGUAACGACGUAGUGCUUAUUAUUCAUAACAUAUCUUAUACAGCUAUUUCAAUUAUAAUUUUAGAUACAUUUAGCAUAGCAGUAGCCUCGUGGGGAUGCUUUUAGCGACAGCUGCAAAUGCAAAUGAAAAUUUAGAAUAUGCAAAAUUUGGUUGUUGGUGAAACAAUUUAAAUUUCGAAUUGUCGCGUGUAGCAUCACAAUCAGUAGAUAAAUUGCAUCAGUUUCACUAGGCACGUUUCUGGUGUGUUAGGCUUGUUUUAAACGUCACGCUACUUGUGUGCAAGCGUAUUAUAAAAGCAAUAAAUAAUGAGAUGAAAUGCCUUUGGUAACUGUAUAUUUCGUAGUGUAAGGCAUCAGCUUUUCUAGGUUGUCGGCGACCCUACAUAGUUCUUGCAGUGUCUUUUUCAAUUUGAAACUUCACACCAUCCUUGGAUCCCUAGUUUAAUUAUAUUGUUCUAUGUAAGUUAUUCUAAUAUAUAAAAAACUUUAAAAUCGCUUUUUUUUAAACAGACGUUUAUUUAAUUAUUUAUGAGUUGAUUUAUCAGUAACGGAGCAUUAUACAUUACCAGAAAGCCUUAUGGAUGCCUUCGAGGCCUUUUUUAUUUAUUUUUAUUUAGCUUUAAUUGCCAACUAGGGCAGGGUCACCACAACAGCAUAGGGCAAUUACUGUUGGGUCCUUUUUCCUAACCCACCCUGUCAACUUUCCCUGUGGGAGGAAACCGGAGUACCCGGAGAAAACAGAGUGUUGGCAGAGUGUUGACUUUUUACUCUUUUCACCUGAGGACUGGGUCCGAGUUGCACUGAGAAGGCCUUAUUCCAUUAGCUGUGUAUUUUUUAGAUUCAAGACAUAGAUUGAUGUUUUAUAUGUCAUUACAUUUUUUGUUUGCAAAUCCUUAGUGAUUAAGUUUGACUCAGAUCCUUUUUGGAGCAAACCCUAUGUUUACCCUAUAGGGAGGCCUAUGGUAGUUACUAUGACAAUGCCAAAUGUAAAAGUUACUGAUCCUGUGUCAAUAUCAUAUUUAACUCAAAUGUGAUGACAAAAGAGCACAGUUAAUGUUUAUCACUUACUAUUGUUCUAGGUUAUUAAGGAAGACGAGUAUACCAUCCGGAAGUAUUGCACUGUGAAAACGAUAUUCAAUGACAACCUUGUGUUCAAACACCGACAACCUGCAGCUCCCGCUGAGGAUAAUCGAUACUUCCCAGCUUUUGUGGAGGAUGUAACGCGCAAGAGGAAGUUGAACAAUUCAUUGAUCGUGGAUAAGAUGAACUAUGGCUCUAUCUGUCGCGAUGAGUUGAUGAGGGAUUUGGUGAAGCACAUCAAGGGCAAUAUUGUUCAACUAUCUUCUCAAAAAUACUUGCAGAGUUGUGGUAAGUCUCUUUUAAUGUUGUGGAUUAUCCGAUCAUGUUGGACGUUGGAUUCCACCCCACUGGGGCUGUUAAUUUGAUACAAUAUUGCGCAUGCGUGUAUAUGAGCCCAAGGUGGCAAAAUACUAAGUACAGUAGAAUCGAGACCUGAUAUUUCCCCUUUUUGAGAGUGAAUCCAAAUACGAGUUUCGUUACCUGGAACCAAUGAACUCAAUUUAUUUACUUUACCUGGAACGAUAAAUGAAUACCAAAAACAUGGAAAAAUGUAUAGAUACAGUUGGCCUGUGUUUGUUUAAAGGUGGAUCUGAACUACCGAGGAUAUGCUUUUAAAGAGGCUACCUAUAGUUUCGUCUGAGGCUCAUUUAGCCAAAUUGUCUGCGUCUUGCGCGUCGAAUACGUAUGGUCUUUUUACACAAACUCCAAAAGUAUUUUUAAUCACUUUUAGUGUUUAUCUUGGAAAGAAAGAUGCCAGUUUUUAAAAAAAAAUUAUGUCAUUUAAAAAAUCUUAUGUAAUUUAAAAAAGUGCGUGUCUGUUGUUAAGCAGUUUUUAAGCUUUCGUUUUGUAUGUUUCUCAUCUAUUCACGUUUAGCAUUUGCCUUUUAAGUGAUUAAAAAUCUUCGUACAAACGUAUGAAAUGGCGGUUUUGCUACAAGAUGGAAACUUGUACACUUGUUUUAAAGUGGCACUAUCAUUAAAAUUUUUUUUCAUAAUCCAGAAAUAUAACGUAUACUUGAUAUUCUUACCAAAUUUCAAGGCAAAAUUCGUUCAUCUUCCUGACUUUUUUACGAUUCUUAUUUGCCAAUUUUACGGCCGCCACUAAACGCGCCCUAUUAAGCGAGAAGGCGUUUUGAAGAGGAUGUGACGUCAUUCACUCAACACGCCGAAUGUUUUUAUUGUAUUUCACUACUACUUCAACAAUGUCUUCGUAAAAAUUCAUACUAAGGAGAGUCAGAAACUUCAGAAAGUGAACAUUCGCAUUGGAGCAAAGCGAGCUGUGAUGAGGAAACGUACGGUGACUCACAUUCAAGUGAAAAUAGUGAUGAAAAGAAGAAAUCAAACCUAGAAUUGUUAUUUGUUAUUUGUUAACAAUAAAUGGCUAUCUUGUUUGUUGUUGAAAACAUGACCUUUGGCAGGCUUUCGGUCAUAAUAAUCCUUGUUUUUACAAACUUACUUUUGCAGUUGAAAAGGAUAAUUUUCAUCACUCGUUCAAAGUUUGCCUUUAGCAUCACUUUAUACUUCUUUAAUAUACAUCAGAGCAACUUGAUAGUUUCUCACGUACACAAAACAUAAGCAGCGAUGGAAGGAAAACCUUUAGCGAACUGCGUAUGAUAUAAAUAAACCUUUCGGUCAAUCAAAAUACGAACAAAAAUACAAACAAAUGCCUUGUAAUUUAUAGCUAUAAAUAAUAUUUCAAUGCAUGUGCAUGUCUGUCUAAUAACUGUCUAUCGGUCUAUUUCUGUAUGUUUAACGACUGUAAAUUAAACUGACAUGCACUCGGGGAAUUUUAUAGUGCAAGUAAAUAUCCUACGACUCUAUGCGCGUUUUCGCUUGCCGUAAGAUUCAUUGUAGGCCGGCUAGUAUUGUAUAGCAAACUAUAUAAGUAUAAAAAGGUCACGCGCGACGGGGAUAAAUACAAUAGUUGAUUUUACAACUUGCAUGCAUUUGAAAAGUAGAUGUGUAAUUUUCAACUUGCGCCCAUUGCCAUUGGCAUUGAGUAUAUUAAAGGUUUAUAUUACUAUAAAAGUAUGGAAAACAAAUAUUGAACUGAUUUGAAGCAUUAUUAAUUUAGCAUAUUAAUUCUGUGAUUCGGUGCCGAGAUAUUAUUCGUUCUAUUUAUACAAAUUAUCCGAUUCAAAUGCAAGUUGUAAAAUCUGAAAUCAACUUAUUCAGUUAUUGUUAUAUGCAAUAUCUUUCGCAUAAUAUCAAUACCUCGAUAUAUACCGCGUUUAUACGUGUCCCAGGGCAAGCGAAAACGCAGAUAGAGUCAUAGGAUAUUUACUUAUACUAAAUCUCCAAGUACACUAAAUUCCCUGACUGUCAGUUUAAUUUACAGUCGUUAAAAAUACUGAAAUAGACCAAUAGACACAAUCGUUGAAAUCAUGUGUUUAUAACUAUAUAACUUACAUUUAUUGUCAACAUAUAUUAACAAUUCUAGGUUUGAUUUCUUCUCUUCAUCACUAUUAUCACUUGAAUGUGAGUCACCGUACGUUUCUUCAUCACAGCUCGUUUUGCUCCCUUGCGAAUGUUCACUUUCUGACGUUUGUGACUCUCCUAUGAAUUUGUACGAAGACAUUUUUGAAAUAGUAGUGAAAUACAAUAAAAACAUUCGGCGUGUUGAGUGAAUGACGUCACAUCUUCUUCUAAACGCCUUCUCGCUUAAUUGAGCGAGUUUAAUGGCGGCCGUAAAAUUGGCAAAUAGGAAUCGUAAAAAAGUCAGGAAGAUGAAGGUGUCACAAGAGAAUCUUCAGUAAUUGUAAUAUUAAGGUUGCCUUAAAACCCUAUUUGACUUUAGGCCAUAUUUUCGCAAAGCCAAAAGAUCCUGUUAAAACAAAUCACAAAACUCGUGCUGUAUAUUCUAUACCAUGCGGUGACUGCGAGAAAGAGUAUUUGGGUCAGUCUAAACGCCAGUUUGGUACAUGGCUAAAAGAACAUCAAAAGGCUGUUUCAACUUUUGACAAGGGAAAAUCAGCUUUAGCCGAACAUGUAUGUUAGACCAAACACGAGAUUGCGUGGGAAAACUCUAAAGUAAUUAGUAAUUACCACAAACAAUCGCUAUGGUCAAAGACUUUGCCUAGAAGCGUGGCAUAUAAAUAUGAGUAAUCAUGCUUUGAAUAGGGAUGACGGUGCCUAUUUGCCAGAGGAAUAUAUGCAUCUCGUUGGCAGGUGACGUCAUUCCUUGGGUAUUUAAGAAGUCACAAUUGCAAUUUUAGAUCACCCCUGACGAAGACACUAGACUGGAGUGUCGAAUCGUUGGGUCUUGAUUACAAUUCGACUGGGCUUUGUAAUCAUUUAUUUAAACCAGAGUAGCGAGCGAAACAUGAUUGAUAUACCUGGUUGCAGUGAACGAACAAACUUUAAAACAAUAAAAUAUUCCUAAAUGAAUGUCUUUUUAAAUUAAUUUUGCGCCCUUGGUCGCAGUUGUUCGACCAUUUUAGGGUGCACAGAAAAUGGCCACUUUCUUAUAUUAGGAUUUGUUUGACUAUAAAAUCCGCGAAUAUCCGAACAAUCUUCACGAUAAAUUAUUAUUAUAAAGAAUAAUACAGAUCAUGUCGAGAUAGAUUUUUGCGUAUACAUGAGAUGUGCAUGGAUUACCAGAAAUAACCGGAUUCUAUUGGAAUAUUGGAUUCUCAACGAUUUUGCAAGGCGCUUCUGAAUUGUUCAUUAUCAAUGUUCAGUUUAUCCCAUUUUAAACGUUGUAUUAUAAAAGUAUUCUGAAUAGUGUUUUUGGCAACAUGUAUUAUCAAUGGAAUCUCCAGGCGAUAGUAAAUAAAUACUACCUAUUUGCUAUUAAUGCAAUUAUUUUCUUUAUAUUUUAAAACGAUUUGUUAUCUACGGCCCAUAUGAUCAUAUCUUUUGUAUAUAACACUUUUUAGAUCGACCCUUGCCAUAUGUAAACAUAAACAAAAGCGCACAAAGCAUUACCGUGAAACUCAUUCUUUAAAACUAGUAUGUUGAAUUACUGUAGUCAUGUGCUGUGUGCAAAUUCUCAAAAACUUUACAGCUGGGGGAUUUCAAAAGGCCCUAAAAUGUUUUUAACGCUUUUUAUACUCCAUAAAUCUUUAAACCAAUAAAAUCGAUCGUGAAAGUUAAUAAAAACGUAUUUUCUAACAACUACUGUACAAAAUAUAACAUGAAGCAGCCGAAGUAAAAUGUAUAAAAUACACCAGGAGCGUUGUUUGCAAAAUUCCGUUGUUUGCAAAAUUUGUUAAUUUGUUUUAAAAGUAGCCCUGGGAUAUCUUGCUUUUUUAAAUAAAAAGCUCGCAGCUUCAUGAGUGAAGUAAAAUCAUUCGGCGCGUUGCAAAGCACUUAACGUUAACUAGCACUUAACACUAUUUUUAUGCAACUGAUUUUGCAACAGAUUUUUCGACCGCUCCACUCACCAGAGAAUUUGAUGGUGAAUCAUGUUCUUUUGUCUUAAUUCAUGCUAUAUUUGAUUUUUUUCUGAAGUAUCUGUGUGAACAUUGUGAAUAAUCAUGCACUUUGAAGUUCUUUAUACGAAAAUCUGAAAAUAUUUAUUGUUUUUAUUUUGUGAUAGGUAUUGCACAAGGUUCGAAGAUCUCCCCUAUUUUGUGUAAUCUUUAUUUGGGGCAUAUGGAAAGAGAAGUUUUUCCAGAUGUUUUGUGCGACAAAGAUUCGCUGUUGAUGCGCUGGAUGGAUGAUCCUUUGCUAGUCACAUAUGACUUGGAGUUGGCAAAGCGUUAUCUUACAACAACGCUUGAACUUGAUCCAGCGUAUAACUGCGAAGUCAACGUCGAGAAAUGUCUGGUAAACUUUGAUAUCCCUGCCCAAAAGGAGAUAAAUCAGCUUCCUGAAUGUGACUGUUGGAUUUUCUGGUGUGGCCUUCUAAUGAACACGGUUACAUUGGAAGUGAAGUACGAUUACUCCAAAACCCAAGGUAUGUUUUUUUUGUGGAUACAUUAUUUUAAAGCACACAUGACCCAGAAUUUUUCUUCCCAGACUCUAUCUGGCACAUUUGUUCAAUUAUCAACCUCGUCCCCAGGGUCUUCCUCGUGGUGAGGCGUGAGCUGAGGAAGACCCUGGUAAAAUACGAUGAAAUCUCCAAGAUUCUUGGAGAUUUAUCGCAUGCGCAGUAACGACAACGUUAUGUUGCUGACUACAGUUAGCGCUGGCGCUUACGAUUUUCUUGCUUAAAAAUAUACAUGUUUUGUUGAGUGUUUAUGUAUUUAUUCUCAAAGUUUUAACAAAUUUUACGAAAAAUACUUCAGAUAUAAGCUGUGAACACACAUGUACACAAAACGUUCAUGCAACAUUCCUCAUCAUAUUGUAUCAAUUUGUCGGAGUAUGGCGCUGAUAUUUGUGACAUCGUUUUGUUCGCUCUGGCAACCCUCGUAUAUAUCAGAUGCUCUUCGGCUUCAAAUGCGACUGAAUAAACACUGAUAGUGUUGCCUGGAAUAUGAAAUGAUAUUGAUUGAUUGUUCUGUAUAUCAAGGUACGUACUGUACAUUUAUACUGAAUUUAUUUUCACACGAGUUUCAAACUAUUUCAGCCUUUAAUGAACAGUGAUAUCACAUCAUUAAUAUACAGUCAUACAGAAAGACUCCAUAUUUUCUCAUCAAUUCUGAUUAUCGUUACAAGUAACAGUAGAAAUGCUUCAAAAUUUAUUCUGAUUUCUAUGUAAAGCAGGGCAGCAUGCUUUUAUUUUGCUCUGGUGGUAGUCACCACUCACCAAGUCAAAUGGGCCAUUCCAUUUAAUAGCCCCUCUAUUGAGGUCUGGAUAUCCUAUGGGGGAGAAUUUUUCUAGAGGGUAGCUUAAGAGCCGUAUGCUUGGCAUGCUGAAACGUUCGACAGUUCAUGUUAGAGAUGCAAGCACUAGACGUAGUUUAUAUCUGGCAUUAGUCCGAUCUCAUCUGGCCUAUGCGUCACAGGUAUGGAGCCCACAAACCGUAAGCAUGUGUGGUGAAUUGGAAAAUGUUCAAAGGAGGGCAACUAAAUUCAUCUUGGCUUUACCUUUUGAAACUGACACUUGCUAUAAAUCAAGAUUGCUGGCCUUAAACUUGUUACCACUGAGCUACUGGCACGAAUAUAUGGACGUUCUCCUUUUAUUCAAACUUACACGUGGAUUUAUUUCAUCUGACCUCAAUAUCCUCCCAGAACAAAACAACAAAUUAAGGAUGAACCUACGGUCACAAAAUACCACCCUCGUGGCAUAUCACAUACCAAAAACUAAGACGCUCUGCUAUCAAAACAGUUAUGCUGUUAGAGCUUCACGGAUAUGGAACACUCUUCCCGAUGAAUUACGUCUACCAGAGAUUUCAUACCAUCGAUUUAAAUCCGUCCUUUCCCAAUAUUACCUUACUGCCACCAAGACCACCUUCGACAAAGAUCACCCCAAGUCAUGGAAAACGAUAUGUCCCAAGUGCCAUCUAGCAAGAUCAUUAAAAACGUUCAAGAACUGUUGUUUCUAGGACUAGCCUUGGUGGCUAAUGUGGACUUUGAACUGUAAUUAUAUGUAAAUAGAUAGAUGUGUUGUGUACGUUUCGAGUUCGAGUGGAUGUAUUGUUAGUACUGUCUGUAGAACCAGGGCAUCAACGUAAUUGGUUGACGCUGUGUUGAUGUACCUGCGCCGUUGUCGUUGUAUAAAUUUUUGGCGGCAAAGUUUAUAAAUAAAUAAAUAAAGAGAUUUCCUAAAAAUUAGGUGUUUAGUGAUAUCCAAAGGGGCAGGAACAAUAUCCAAAAGGGGUAGAAAGAUAUCCAUGGAGAGACCCCUCAAUAGGGUGUGUGUGGGAGGGGCUGUAUUAGAUGGAAUGGCCUAGUGUGCUGCAACAACUUUUAAAAUUUGUAUAUAUGUUUUUAAGGCACAAUAUAUAAUGGAGUUUGAUAUGAUAAUCAGCACAACCUCAAGGUCUUGACUGAAUGAACAACUUAUCUGAUAUACUCCUAGAUCCAAUACUUUGCUGUAUAUUAUCACCAUCUCAGAUGUCAGUUGGAUCACUUUGAAUGAACAUUGGAGUGGCACAAUAAAGUGUCUGUGUUAGGGAGGAGUCUAUAAGGACUGAAGUAAAAGGCACACUUUUGGAUAUUUGAAUCAUAGCAACUACAUAUAGCGUAGGUGUCAAAUAAAGUUUGAACAAUGUACAACUGAAAAUAAAAAUGUAUUUAAUUUGAAACACUUAAAGGAAUUACAACAUAUUAUAUGAUAGGCAUAUGUACAUGAUUAUAGGUAUAUUCAUUAGUUUUACUAGCUGAUAUUUAUGACAUCCUGGGUGACAACAUUUAUUUUUCCCAAGAUAUUUUACUUGCAUGAUAGUAAUAAGUUUAAUAGUAACGGAGAAGUGUGAUGGAUAUGUGAAAGUAAUUGUCAUUAGAAAUACAAAUAUUAAAACUGUAAUUUUGACCAUUGUAAAUGUAUUAUUAAAGAAACAAAAUACAAAAGUCAAACAAGGUUAUUUAACAUAAUACAGUCAUAAUACUAAACUGGUUAUUAUUUAAAUAACUACUGAAUAGAGGGAUCAUGAAAAUGUUCUAAGAUUACUAUCAUAGCUCUGUAACAGGGAAAGGUGUUUAUUGAGUUUCUUCACCUUGAUGAACAAAAUCAUAUAGCAUUAGAAAACUAUAAUGCCAUCAACUAUUUCCCAUUUAAAAAUUUUCAUGUUGGUCACUGUGAAAUAUAAUCUUGAGGCCAUCUUAGUGAUUGUUUACUAUCUGAUUGAUGACAUGAUUUAAUAUAUAUAUUUCCAUGGAAUUCAAGUUGGCUUUUUCCCAAGUUCAUGUAAAAUAUGGUUCACCUGUUAAAAUAAUAAAAUGUUUAUUAGUUGUUUUGUAACAGAACAGUACCUGCUUUAAAGAAAAUAUAGUAAAGAGAAAAUCGAAAUAACAGUUGUACUGUAUAUGGAAAACAGAAUAAAAUCUUUCUAAGCAUUUCUACUGUUAUCAUAAUUUUAUUAACUGAUGAGAUAAUAUGAAGCCUUUCUGUAUGUUAAAAACUGAUUUCUGAAGAAGUCUUUCUGCAUGUGUGAAACUGUGUUAGAAAAUGUGAUUUCCGAGACUCUGAGAAAAUGCGAAAGCAACGUGUGAAAAUAAAUCGAAUAAAUUCAGUAUAAAUCAAUAUCAUUUCAUAUUCCAGGUAACACUAUCAGUGUUUAUUCAUGAAGUCGCAUUUGAAGCCGAAUAGCAUCUGAUAUAUACGAGGGUUGCCAGAGCGAACAAAACGAUGUCACAAAUAUGAGCGCCAUACUCCGACAAAUUGAUACAAUAUGAUGAUGAAUGUUGCAUAGUUUUGUGUACAUGUGUGUUCACAGCUUAUAUCUGAAGUAUUUUUCGUAAAAUUUGUUAAAACUUUGAGAAUAAAUACACAAACACUCAACAAAACAUGUAUAUUUUUAAGCAAGAAAAUCGUAAGCGCCAGCGCUAAUUGUAGUCAGCAACAUAACGUCGUUACUGCGCAUGCGAUAAAUCUCAAAGAAUCUUGGAGAUUUCAUCGUAUUUUACCAGGGUCUUCCUCAGCUCACGCGCCAUCACGAGGAAGACCCUGGGGACGAAGUUGUUCAAUUAUUUGCUUCCAACAAAACAGAAAGGGUGUUUUGACAUUUUCGUUUAUUAUUAUCGUUAAUGGCUGUGGUGUACAUAAUCUGUUGAAUUAAAUAAAACUUUGUAAAAGUGUCUAGUACUUACUUUUGUAUGUAAUUGUACAAAUUAACAUGUAAAACGCCCCUCCUUAGUCCUGUCUCAAGCCCAAUUUACACUACAUAACUUUUGACUAAAACUGUCGUCUGCAACCUGCUUACAACCUGUUUAAAUCCAGCUUACAACUGACCUACACUCGAGUUGUGUGCUUGAUUUAAACAGUACAACGCAUGUUGUAAGCAUGUUGCAUGCGACAAUUUUAGGCAAAAGUUGAAAUGUAAAUCGGCCUUAAACCUACCUGCGCAGUCCACAGAUUUUGUCACUGUUUGUAACCUUUAUUAAGGAUUUUUGUGCCAUUACAGAUGCGCGAUCUAGUCCAGCUUGAGUAGCCUUUUUCUGUUAACGUCAACAGUGUAAAAAUCAUAUUGGAAAUUUUGGAUUGAAACCGUGCGUGAUAACUCUUAGUUCUUCGCGCACUUGUAUAUAUUUUUUUAAGAAAAUAUGCAAAUUUCCUUAUGUGGCAGUGUCACAUGCUCAUCGCAGUAAACGUGGAUUGUAACCAUAUAAGAAGUUGCCAAAUCAUAUUUGUUCCUCUGCAGCCGAAACAUAUAAUUUUUUCUGCUGGCUAUAAUAAUACUGAACAGAUUUAAUCAAUUUUUACUGUCGAUGCAAUGGAAGUGUUGAUAAAAUAUUGCACAAAAUAAUUCCUUUCCUCAAUUUGAUCAAUUCAUUUGAUAGAAAAUUGAUCAACUUCCUGAUACUUUUAGAUGAGCCAAUUAGAUUUCGUUUCAGAACGAAUUGACCAAUAGGAAACGCACAGGAAGUAAAAAGAAAUUUGGAUACGUAUGAAUUGAUCAACUUGGGGAAAUUAAUUCAUGUAAUAUUUUAUCAACACUUCCAUUGCAUCAAGAGUAACAGUCCCGUUCUCUUAAAUAUACUUUCUGAUAACGGGUAUUAUUAUUGAUCUGUAGAUAUGAAGGACGUGAAGAAUAGUUUGACCUUCGAUGUAACAAAGACGCCCGGGAUGAAGAUGAUGGAAAAUUUGAUGGCUGCCAUGCAAACCAAGCUCCACCAAGUAUUCCUUCAUCCCACGGUCAACUCAAUCCGAACGGUCGAAACUAACCUUCAAGAGUCCUUCAUGUAUUUCGCCAGAAGAUUUGACGCGUUUGUUUCUGAAUUGCCACCACGUAAGCAAAUACGAAUUUAUAUAUUUCAAAGCCGCUGUUCCAGACAACAUUGGAGGGCGAGGGUACAAAUGCCGCUUUACUAUGUACACCCGGUGACCCGGAAAGGAAAGUGAGCGGAUUGAAAAUUUCAUCAAUGAUUCUGGGUGUAUCUCACUGAAUUAAAUUAAUGUGGCGAAUGUCAGGCGUGUAGUGAGUGCUAUUUGAAAAAUCUCAAUGAAAAUCCACAGUAUCUGACUCUAUAUUUUAUAAGUAGCUGAUGGGGCCAGGAUUGACACAAAUGGCAAAUUAUAUAUAUUUAUCAUUUAUAGACCCAGAGCGAGGGGGAUUCGGCGUAAUAUUUCCCGAAGUGAUGAUAUUUUCCGAGGGGCUUUGUCCCGAGGAAAAUAUCAUCACUGAGGGAAGUAUCGUCGAAUCCCCCGAGCGGAGGGUCUAUAAAUGAUAUAUUAUACCGGCGGUUAAAGAACUCACUAAGAGUCUAUCAAGUUCAGAAUAAACUUUAGAACUUGCUGAAUAGUGAAUAUUAACUACGCGAAUACAAUUUUUAGUUUCUUAUCUAUACCUGAGUUUUUGACGUUUUCUUCUUAAAAUAUUUGACCAAGUAUCCUUUGGAUCGUUGAACGUAACAUACGUGUUGAAAUAUUUGGUUAACUUAGUAAAUCUUCUGUAGUUCUGUACGAAAUUACAAACAACAGCUCGCGAACGCCAUAUUGUUUCAGAGCGUGGUGUUGAGUGAAAUACCGUAAAAAAUUACACUGUCACGUGGUACAAAGUUUUUUUAGAUACGUAUUCGUCGAGAAAACUAUACUUUUCUGAAAACUCAUUAUGUGAUGUGAUGUCACACCGGUGAUAUUUGCAUCCCCAAAAAAGUACUUCGGUUUCAUUCGUAAUAACUUCUAAACAAGUACAGCUUUUAAAGAGAAAUAACUUGCAUCAAAUAGAGGAAGGACUAACUUAGAUUUUGAUAACUUAGACAGUUGUUUUUCACUUAAAAAUUCUCAAACGUUUUCAUCUUGAAAGUUUUCAUCUUAAAUUUUCAAUCUUAAAUUUGUCAUUAUGGAGCUGAAUGUGUACAAAUUUCAAUCAAAUUUUGUCCAUACCUCUGUAAGAAGUGCCUCUUAGCGUUUUCGAUCUAAAAUUUGUUGUUUUGGGGCUAAAUUUUUGGUUCAGUAGUUCAAUUUCUCCUUCGUGAUAUAUACCCACAUAUCGGAAUUUUAAUUAAAUUAUCACAAAAAUGUAAACAAAACCCGCGCAUGGGCAGAACGGACUUGACAGCCUCUUUAAACAUUUACAGCGUUCCAUUUAUUUAGUUUUGGUUUCAAAUUAAGUUCACUCCAAUAACCGGUGAAUUAUUCAUACUUUGACACUUGUAUACUAUAUAACAAAACACUUAUUUACUAAGACUUCAGGAAGGCAGUGUGUUUUGUGGCCCCUCGACCGCGAUUGUUGCCCUCUGCUCCGCUUCGGCAACAACGGCGGUCUUGGGUCCACUAAACACACUGUUUCUCUCGGUCUCAGUAAUUAAUUGAUAAAUAUAUUAUACUUAUGCGGAAUUUUUAAUUUCAUUUCCGCUAGGCAUUCAAGUGCAUCAGAAUCCCGACUUUUUCGUGAAAGGCAUGGAGAACAUCAUCCAGAGAUACUACGUACUGGCAAGCAGGUUCUUAGAUCGCACCAUUACUCAAGAGAAAGUCUUUUCCUUGUUCUACCAAGCUGUGUUGGAGCUCAUCAGACGGAAAUCAGUAAGGUAUGGUGUAUUGAUUGAUAUGCUAAAAGGUAAGGUAAAUAGCCUAUAA